ACGUGGAAUGGUCCCCCGAACGAUAUUCUUCAGCAUUUUCAUCAUCCAAUGGCAAAAAAUUGCGGUCAAAAGCGACGAAGAUUUCGCCCAACUCGCCAGAUCCGAGUACUUCAUCGACAAGAGCGAUAUGAUAAAGGUGUUCUUCAAUCCAUCCAAAGCGUCUUAUCACUUCAUCACCUGCCCACCAGGAUUCGGUAAAUCGACUAAUCUGCAAAUGCUCAAGUUAUUCGCCAAUAUCGUGGUGGAUAAAAAUGGAUCCGAGGUGAGUUACACCAAAACUCAGGCUUUUCAAGUAUUUGGAAAUUUAAGAAUCGUAAAAUUACACGAAUCCGGUGAUUUUAUCGAACGACACAUGACUCAGUAUCCCAUCGUUCAUUUAGAGCUAGCGACUAAUAAAAGCAUCUUGGAGAUUAGCAGCGAAUACGAUAUCGUAUCUUAUUUAAAUGAACGAUUGGCGUCGUGUUUCAAAGACUACGAGUGGCUUUUAGAGAUUCCUCGAGAACAAUUUAUUCGCAAUAAAAAAAAGAUGGGAUUACAGGAGAUUUCAUUUUUGGAGAAAUUACGCGAUCGAAAUUUAAGUAAAACCGAUGCUGUUGAUGGCCUAUACAGUUUAUGUAGAAUCGUAUCUUUAUACUUCGAUAGAAAAGUUAUCGUUUUGGUCGAUCAAUACGAUCAUAUGAUUAAUAGUUACGCAAUUUGGACUUCGAAUCGAACAGUGAGCAAGAUUUAUUCGGCGAUAAACACAAUGUUAGCGUUGGCUCUGGGUGAUCAACGAUUUGUGCAGAAUUGGAUGCUCCUAGGCACGAGCAGUAUGCCUUUUCGAGGCAGCUACUUGACUUUCAGCGAUUUCAAUCAUCAUUCUUUCCUCAACGAGCAUCUCUUCACACCUUACUUCGGAUUCACCGAACUCGAGAUGAGACAACUAUUCAGAAAAUUCAAAUGCUCGAUGGAAGAGAAAAUCGAUAUCCAAGAAUAUUACAACGGUUAUGUAACUCGAGGUACGAAAACACCCAUGUAUAAUCCCGCUUCUGUAACGAAGUAUUUCUCAACCAGAAUUAGCGUAGGGAGAAAGCACAUGUCUUCGGCACUCAAGAGCUACUGGAGUACUCGAGACGAAAAAGAAUUCUUGCUAAGGCUACUGAAAAAUCUACCUGGUUUUAAAACCGAUCUAAAGAAACUCAUAUCACGCGAUUCUAUCAGCUUUAAAUUAACUAAGAAUUUUUUCAAAAAAGAUCUCAGGGUAUUUCGCGACUUGAAUAUCACCAAUAAGCAUUUCUACAUAAAGCACUACAACUUGGCGAUGAGCUUUUUAUUCGAACACGGUUACCUGGUUCCGAGUUUAUUGGUAGGAGAACGAGUUAACGAUUAUAAAGUGCCAAAUAAUGAAAUCGCUAUCGAAUUGGAUGCUGUGUUGGAAGAAUUUAAAGCGAAAAAAUCCAAAACGAGUAUAGGGUUGGAUUAUUCUUUGCCUGAUUUAUCGCUCUACGAAGAUGAUGAUUCUACUUUAGAGCAGAAAAGUCAUCAAGGAGCAGUUAAUGAAUUAUACAAUGAGUUUUUAAGCCUGAAUAUGUCGCGCAAAUUUUGUUUAAGUGGGCCGAAUACUGGUUGCUGAGUAGAAAGAAGAUUUUCAAAAUAUUGUAGCCAUCAAUUUGAAAUUAUUACCUUAUUACCUAUUUAAUUAUUUAUUAUUAUUGA